AUGAUGGACAAAAUACGAAAUGUUGGAUUAACAUUAGAUCCACGGUCAAAUGAACAACGUGAAGCAAAAAUAAAUACGAUAUGUAAUGUUACACAAAGAUUCUGUACUGGAACAUUACAACAAUAUUCAAGUUUCAAUGAUUGUCAACAAUUUUUAAGAACACAAAUACCUUAUGGUUCAUAUGAUAGAGCAGAUCAAGGAAAUGUUAUUUGCCGUUUUGUUCGUACAUAUUUUGUACCUUUAUUACCAUCUAUACAUUGUCCACAUGUGGGUCCAACUGGAGGAGAAGCAUGUACUGAUAAAACAAUCGACUUUUAUUAUAAUCAACCAAAUUUUCUGGCUUGUGCUCAUAAACAAUAA